AUGUCAAGUUAAUGCUCUUUUGAGGAACUAAACUCAUCUGUAAGUAUGAGUUUAGACAGUGUAUACAUAAAUUUGGUUUAGAAUCCAAAUGAUUCAGAAUUAGAUUUCAAUUAAUUAGAGUCAGCUAUAUUGAGUUCAAAACAAGAAGGACUUACAAAAUUGAUUAAGGGAUCUGAUUAAUAUUAUUAUUAAUAUUUCCUUAACAUCUUAAAUACAAAUGGAUAUAGAUUAGAUUCUAAAUAAUAAGAACACUUUGAAUAAUAUAAAAAGAUGAAUACAGAAAACUUUUAAAAAAUUCGACUUAGAUCUUUAUUUAUGGAAUAUGAUGAAUAUAUGAAAAUGUAAUAGAGUGAAAAAGUGAUAUAGAAGGAGAAAGAGAUAUUGAAGAAAAUUAAUAAAAGAUUAUUUGGAAUUAGUUUUGAUGAAUUAUCAUUAAAUAAUUUAGAUGGUGAAUAAUAAAAAUUAUUAAUAUAAAAAUAAUAAGGAAUUAGUGGAAAUGCAUAAGUAAAAGUAGGACUUUCAGAAUUAGAUGAUAAUAAAUUAUCAAUAGAAGAAUAUAUAAAGAAUGCAUAUUCUGAAAAAGGAAUAUUAAAAUUAAAGACUAAUCUUUUUUGUAAAUUAGAUUUGAUAUAAUUAUCAAAAUCGACUAUAAAAGUAAUUGAUAUAUUCUUUAGUAAAAUUGAUUCAUUAAUAAUUGAGUAUUUAAUUUUAUUUAAUAAUUAGAUUUAAUAAUAUACCAGAAUUUUAUAAUGAAUUGAUAAAAAGAGAUGAUUAUAAAAAUAGAUUUGAUGCAAUUCAUUUUAAAAAGCUUACUUUAAAUUAAAUGAAAAAAAUAAUAAAUUUAAAUAUUAAAUUUUUGGAAAAUCAAUAAUUUGUUGGAUAUUUAUAUUUUAAAAAGUAUAAUUUAGGUAAAUAUGAUAAAAAUGAUGAAAAUUUUUAAGAUAAUAAAGAUUUAUUUUUAUCUAAAUUAAAAAAGGGAUAUUUAUGGAGUAAAACAUUACCAGAUAAAUUUAGAUCAUUAAGUGAUUAAAUAUUACUAGAAUUAUUAUAAUUAGGGAUUGAAUUUAAACAUUUUGAUUUUGAUUUGUUUUCAGAAUAUUUAAAAAAUCCAAAAGAUUUCUAUUCUAAUAGUACGUAAUAAUAAAGAGAUUAUUAAAGUAAAAUUAGAAGAGAAUAUUAAUCAUUUUGGCAUGAAUUUCAUGAAUUUAAUUAUUAGAGAUGUAUUAUUAUUUAAUUAUUAUAUAGGGAUGAGUGUUGAUAAAAUGAUAGAGAAAUAUUUAGAGAAAUAUUUUUCAUUACAUGAUAAUUAUAGCAUAUUUGAAUUAUAUUUAGAAGCUAAUUAUCUAAAAAUGUUAAAAGCUGAAUGUAAUUUAUAUAAAGGAGAUGAAGUACCUAAUUUAACUGAAUACUUUACUAAUUCAUAAAUUAAAUAAAUGAAUAAUAAUAAGAUACUUAAUUUAUGUGAUAAUAAUAAAUAAUACUUUUUUAAAGGUGAUCCAGUUACUCUUUAUAUAGAAUUAAAGAAUAUAUCUAAUUUGACAAUCAAAAUAUUUUAAAUUAAUAUGAAAAAUUUUUAUAUGGCAAAAAGUGAAUAAUUAACUUCAAAUUUAUGUUUAGAUGGAUUUAUUCCAACUGAAGAAAUAAAUUUUAAUUAUGAUUAUCCUCCAAUUAAAAAAGUUAUAAAAGAAUUUUCAUUUGAAUCAAUAUAAAAAAGUGAAAGAGGUACAUUUAUUAUUGAAUUUAUUGGUAAUGGAUUAUCAUCAAGAGCAAUAAUAGAAAAAGGAAGAUUAUGUUUACAUGAAACUAUUGUAUCAGCUGGAUAUAAAUAUGAAAUAUUUGAUGAAAAAUUUGAAAAAUUAAUUGAUGAUUAAAUUGGAUUAUGGAUAAAUGAAACUUUUUAUAAAUAAUAAAAUGGUGAAAUUAUAUUACCAUUUCCAGAAUAAGAAACUAAAUAUAAUGCAAUUAUUUAACAUGGAGAUUUUUAUUAAAAAACAUAACUUAAUUUAUAACCUGAAUAAUUUUAAUUAUUAUGUGCAUUUAUAUUAACUGAAGAAUAAAUAUAAUUAGGAUAAGAACUUAUUACAAUUAUUAUACCAAAAUUAUUACUUAAUAAUUAAGAUAUUGGUUUUGGAUUUUUUAAAGAUUAAUAAAUAUUAGUAACAUGUGUUAAUGAUAAAGGAGUUCCAUAAACAUUUACAUUUAAAGAUCUAAUUUUUGAAAGUAAUAUUCCAUUAGAAAUUAAAUUUCCAAUUACUUAAUAAUUAAGAAAUAUAGAAAUUGAAGUUUCAGGUAAAAUUAAAAGAUUGCGUUUUGAUUAAGAUUUAAUCUUAAAAAAGGUUCAUUCAGUUAAAUUUAAUCAUGGAUAAUCUUAACAUAUAUUUUUAAAAUAAUUAUUGAAAUUUGAUUAAAAUGAUGGAUACUCAAUUUAUUUAUUAGGAAAAAAUGGAGAACCUAAUAGUAAUACUUAAAUUUAAAUAUAAUUUGAACAUUCAGAAAUUGAUGAUUAAAUUUAAGAAAAGCUUAUUACAAAUUAGUAAGGAUAAAUUAAAUUAGGAUUCUUAAAAAAUAUAAGUAAAAUAUCUUCAUCUAUACUUACUACAAAUUUAUAAAUUGAAAAAAGGGAAUGGGAAAUAUUCAAUCCAAAUCAUUUUUGUUUAGAAAACUAUUAAGAAACAUUUGUUGUUGGACAAAAAUUAACACUUAAAUAUAAUGAAUAAGAUGUGUUAUUUUAUAAAACAAAAUGUAUGAAAUAAGUAUUUUUACCUGUAAAGAAUCUUUUAUAAAAAGUUUCAAGGGAUAAUAAUUCAAUAAUUAUACAAUUUGAAAAGAAAGGAUAAUAUAUACUGGAAUUUGUUAAAUAAAAAGUAAUUUAUCAAUUUAAUGUUCUUGAAAAUAAUGUAAAACAUUCAGAUAAUUUAAUAUAUACAUAAACUAAAAGAAUUACUCAAAACUUAGAUGAUAAAUAUUUCUCUUUAGAAAAUACCAAAAUUAUUGAUAAAGAAUAACAUUUUCUUAUUGAAGGAGAUUAUGUGUCAUCAAAUUAAGUUAGAUUUUUAGCUUUGGCAACAACCUUCUUUCCAAAAGAAUUAUCAAUAAUAAAUAAAUAAAUGGGAUCAAUAUUUUAUUAAAAUAGUCCUGAUAAUCAUCUUCGAAUAGAAUUAAGAGAUAAUAUCUAUUUAUCUAAUUUAUAAUAAUCAGAAGAAUUAAGAUAUAUAAUUGAAAGAAAAAAUUAAACUAAAUAUGUAGGAAAUACACUAGAGAAACCAUAAAUUCUAUUAAAUAGACUUAUUGCUGACUUGACUACAACAUAAGAUGAAUAAAUAUUGAAAUAAGAUCAUAAUUUAACAGGAAAUGAAAGGAGAAGAUGUGCAUCUCCUAGAUAACUUAGAAAAACAGCUAAUUAAUUUGCAGGAAAUUAAUAAUGUGAUAGUUUUACUGAAUUUUUAGUUUUUCCUGGAAAAUUAAUUACUCAAAUCAAUUAAGAAAAGAAUCAUUUCUCAUUUGAAGUACCAAAAUAAUAUUCUACUGUUUUUAUUUUAGCUUACACCAGUGAAGCAUAUAUAUCUAGAGUAUUGCCAUUAUCUAAUAGUUAAAUAUAAACAAAGAAUCUAUGUCAUCUGUCAUCUUUAUCAAAAGAUAAAUUUUAUUCCACUUUUCGUAGUACAACACAUAUAAAGCCUAAGAUUCCAUAUUAAAUUUAAGACAUAUCUUCAACUGAAAUAUUUAUUUUAGAUAACUUAAAUGUAUUGUUUAGAAUAUAAAAAGAAUUAAUGAAAAUAGGCAAUAAUAAAUUGAUUGCUGAUGAUGAAAAAUUCAUUAAUCAACUAUUAAAAUGGAAUUAAGAGACUAUUCAAUCUCAACAUAAAUUUUAUAAUUAACAUUAAUGUGAUGAACUCAAUCUAUUUUUAUAUUUUAAAGAUCCAGCAUAUUAUGAAACAUAUAUAUCUAAAUAUAUAUCAAAUAAAAUAGAAAAAUCAUUUAUAGAUUACUUUCUACUUUAAGAUUAAAUAGUUCUUAAUAAAUACUCUUAAGUAACUUUAUUUAAAUAAUUAAAUGCAUUAGAAUAAGCAUUAUUAGUUAUUUACUUUUAAGAAAUUAUUGAAAAAAAAGAAGAAGCAUAAGCAAUUGCACUUUAUAUGAAUCAUAAUAAUAAUAAUAAACUUAUUAAAUAAGAUGAUGAUAGAUUUAAAACACUUUUUGAUACUAUUUUAGGAAUAGAGAAGGAUUUUACAAAUGAGAAAGGAGAAGUUCUUGAGAAUAAACAAUAAGAAUUUAUUAAUUUUGUUCCUCCAAAAGAGCAAAUGAUUUAGAGAAUGCCAAUUAAACUUAAAAAGAAAUCAUCUGUAAUGCAGUUUGAUAGUAUUGAAUAUAGGAAAGGAGAUGAUGAAUCUAUGAGUAUGGAAUCUAUAAAUCUAUCUAUUAAACGAUAAGCAUCAAUUACAGGAAAUAUAAAUAAAUUACCUUAAAUGAAGUUUAAAUCUAAACCUUAAGAAGUAGCUAUAAAAUAUGAUAAUAUGAGGGAUAAAUUAAUAAAGACUUUCUAAAAUGUUGAAACUACAAAUGAAUAUUGUGAAAAACAUUAUAGAAAUGGAGUUAAUUAAUAAGAUUUUAAAAAUUUAGUAAAAUUAUAGGAAUUUUAUGUAGAUCUUGUGAAUCAUUCAAUAUAGAAAGGAUUUUUAAAGGAAGAUUUCUGUCCUUCAUCUUUUAUAUUUUGUAAUAAUAAUUUUACAGAAAUUCUAAGUGUAUUAGCAUUGAUGAGUUUACCAUUUUAAACUGCUUAAUUUAAUUAGACUUAAUUUGGAAAUAAAGGAUUGGAAAUUAAUUAUGAAAGUUCUGCACUUAUAUUUACAAGAGAAAUUAAAGAAGCAGAAGUUUAACUUAAUUCAAAUAUCAUAAUAAAUUAAACAUUUUUUGAUAUUAAUGAAGAGAAUUAAGUUGAUUAAGAUGGUAAUGAAUUUGAAUAAGAUUUAAAUGAAUUCUUUAUUAAAAAAGUAUAUUGUUGUAAAAUUGUUAUUUCUAAUUGUUCAGCAAUAUCAUAAACAUUUUAAUUAUUAGUUGAAAUUCCAAAUGGUUCAAUUCCAGUUUUUACAACAUUUUCAACUAAAACAUUUACAUUAACUUGUGCUCCAUAUUAGACAUAAAUAUAGAAGUACUUUUUCUAUUUUCCAAAAUCAGGAAAUUUUACAAUAUAUCCAGCUAAUAUAUCAAAACUUGGUAAAGUUAUUUAAAUUGCAAAAGAGAAAAUAUUUUAAGUUUAUGAUUAAAAACCAAAAGUAAAUCUAGAAAAUAUUAACGAAGUAUUAUCAACAGAUAAUAAUUAAGAUAUUUUAAAUUAUAUAUAGAAUAAGAACAUUUUCAAUAGUAAAUUAUUUAAUCCAAAAUUAUUAUAUCAUAAAUUUAAUGAUUAAGUAUUUUAUAAUUAAGUAAUGGAAAUAUAUAGAUAAAGAAAAUUUUAUGAUUAUUACACUUUUAGUUAUUCAUUAUUACACAAUAAUGUAGAAUGUUUGAAAGAAUUAUUUUUAACAGAAUAAGCUUAAAUUGCAUUGAAAUAGAAAUUUAAACAUUUUAAAUGUUCUUUAUUUGAAAUUAAUUCUAUAAGAGUAUUAGAAUAUUAUCCACUAAUUAUUAAAAGAGUACAUAAACUUAAAUAAGGAGAGAAUAAUAUAUUAAAUGUUUAAUUUAGAUAAUAAUAUACAAAUUAUUUAAUUUAUUUAUUGGAAAAACCUUAAUUUUCAACUGUUGAUAAAUUAGUUCUUAUAUACUAUUUAUUAUUAUAGGAAAGAGUCAAUGAAGCUGUUUCAGUUUAUUAAUAGAUUAGUGAAGAAGAACAAAAAGAAUAGCAAUUAUAAUUUGAUUAUUUAUCAGCAUAUUUAGAUUUCUAUACUGGAUAUCCAAACUUUUAGAAAGCAAGAGAAAUAUGCCAAAAAUAUUUGAGUUAUCCUGUUAUACAUUGGAGGAAUAUGUUUUAUGAAAUAAUUAAUUUAUUUAUUGAAUAUGAUGGAGAAGAAGAUAAUUAAUUUUCUAAAUUAGAAAUAACAUAAUAAUAAAAAUAACAAGAUUUAAUUAAGAAAGAAGAAACAUUAACAUGUAUAAUUGAAGGAGACUCUAUAAAUAUUACAUUUUCAAAUUUAUGUGAAGUGAAAAUAGAAUAUUAUAAAUUAGAUAUUGAAAUUCUAUUUUCUAAUAAUCCAUUUAUGAAAAAUGUAAUUCAAGAUUUUUCAAUUGUAUUACCAAAUGUAUGUUUAACACAAAAAUUAGUUGGUUAAGAAAUACAAAAGAAGUAAAUAUUUAUUAUAAUAAAUUAAGUUUGUUUUAAGAGAAAAUUAAAAUUCCUAGUGAAAUAUCUAAAGAGAAUUUGUUUGUUACUAUAAAAGGUUAAUAGAAAUCAGUUACUUGUAAAUAUUAACCAACAUCUUUAUUUGUAUAAACAAUGUUAGAUUCUGGAUAAAUUAGAGUAUUUAAUUAAUAAGGAUAAUACUUAUCUAAAGUUUAUGUGAAAGUAUAUUCUAAGAAUAAAUCUGAUUAAGAAAAUUUCCAUAAAGAUGGAUAUACAGAUUUAAGAGGAAGAUUUGAUUAUGCUACAUUAAGUUCAUCGAAUGUUAAAGAUAUUUCUUAAUUUUCAAUGUUAGUUUAUCAUGAAGAAUUAGGUAAUCAUAUAUAUAAAUAUAACUUAGGAUCUAUUAUUUAAUAAGUUUAACCUCCACCAACAUUAGCAUAAUAUGAAAAAGAAAUUUAAUUGAUAGGAAACAAAUGGAGAUAAUAAGAAACAUAAGAAAUGUUAUAAUAGCAAUAAAUCUACAAUUAGAAAUUUACAAAAACAUGUAAAGAUUGA